CAGAUUGUCAAGCGGCGUAGGUGCUUAUUCAAUCGAUUUAUUAUAAGGGAGUUUCAAUGCGCUCGUAUGGCAACCCCCCCUUGGAUAGCUUUUCUCACUCUGCUACGGUCUUUCGAGUUGAAGUCUUGGCACAAUGGCGAUUAUUGGGACGAAAGAACACCAUGUUGACCCUCGUUUGGCCAAUAUCGCCAAGGCAGAUACCAAGAAAUGGUAUCAGAAGCCAAACUUAAGAGCGCUUUAUCUUAUAUUGAUCCCGGCCGCGAUGGGAGUUGAAUGGACAUCGGGAUUUGACUCGUCUAUGAUGAACUCUCUCCAAGCUGUAGAGGCUUGGGUUACAUACUUCGGCAAUCCUACAGAAGGUCGGCUCGGCCUCUUGAAUGCUAUGUAUUCCCUCGGAGCGCUUAUGGCAGUUCCUUUCAUCCCCAGCAUUUCCCAGUAUCUUGGGCGCCGUUGGUCCAUAAUGUUAGGAUCGCUAGUCCUAUGCUUAGGUGCUGGACUCCAGGCGGGGGCACAGAAUAGCGAUAUGUUUCUCGCAUCUCGCUGGGUGCUUGGAUUUGGUGUUCCCCUGGCCAUCGUAAAUGCUUCCGCGCUCAUAGGAGAGCUGGCCUACGAAAAAGAGAGACCGACUAUGACCUCCCUUUUCACUGCUUCUUGGCACGUGGGAGCUAUUGUCGCGGCUGGUGUCACCUAUGGGACUUUUCAAAUGACUAGCACAUGGUCUUGGAGGUUACCGUCUAUCCUGCAGCUGGUUCCGAGUUUGUGUCAAAUACUUUCUCUGCCGUUCUGUCCUGAAAGCCCUCGGUAUUUGAUUUCGGUUGACCGAGGUGAUGAAGCGUAUGCGAUUCUUCAGAAGUACCACGGUGAAGGGGACAAUGGUGAAGAGUUCAUUCGUCUCGAAUUCGCCCAGAUCCAAAGUACUCUCGCCCAAGAGAAGGAGACAGCCAAGGCAUUCGUAUGGGCCGAUGUUCUUCGCGACCCUCCGAUGAGACGAAGGUUUCUUCUUGCCGCAAUAGUCGGAUUCUUUACUCAAUGGAGUGGCAAUGGGCUUCUUAGCUUUUACAUGAAGAAAAUUCUAAACCUUGUCGGAAUCACGGACAAUCGCACUGUUCAGAAGGUUAUCUUGAGCAAUACAUGCUGGGGCUUGAUUAAUGCCCUCCCUGUAGCCAUUGUCGCACCGCUACUUCGCCGUCGCGUUGGGUUCUUGAUCUGUACUAUCGGUACAUGUAUCGUUUAUAGCGUAUGGACAGUAGCUUCGGCACGAUUUGCUAUCGAGAAUACACCAUCUGCUGCAAUAGCAGUCCUGGUGUUCAUUUUCGCAUACUCCCCUUUCUACAAUUUGGGCUGGAAUGCGCUGGCAUAUACUUACUUGGUUGAGAUAUUUCCUUAUCAGCAGCGAGCCAAGGGGAUCGCAGUCGAGCAGCUAACGGUUAGGUUCGCAGUGUUUUUCAACACAUACGUGAACCCAAUAGCACUGGACCGUAUCGGAUGGAAAUACUACUUGGUUUACUGUGUGUGGAUUCUAUUCGAAGUUGCGACAGUUUACUUCUUGUUCCCGGAGACAUAUAACAGAACUCUGGAAGAGCUUUCGUUCAUCUUCGAAGGCAAAGAGGUCCAGGAGAAGGUCCAGAACAAUGUCGAAAAGCAGCUUGAGGCCGAGAAUGCCGGCAAAAAGGCCUCUGAUGCGAAGGAAGAAAUAGGGGUUUGAGUGAGAUUAUCGGAGGUUGUAUUACAGAGGGAUGCCACGGUACCUGAGCGGGAUGAAGCCUUGGAAGUAGAUAUGAUCAUAAGUCUGAAAUAUUUGGUGGCAUCUAUUUGGUCUGUAGGCUCCCUUUAUGUUUUCGAGGAAAAGCUUUGUUCGAAUCACAUCAAGCACACACGGUCAAGAGAGUACUAGAAACUAUAAAUCAGGUAAGUUAGGGAAGUACAUAAAUAGAGAUAAUUAUAUGUGA